AUGGCUCCACCAACCGACCGGAAAGAGAUCAUCGCCCGCCUACGCAGCCAAAUUCAAGAACGAAAGCCAAUCGUUGGCGCAGGAGCAGGCAUCGGGCUCUCCGCCAAGUCCGUCGAAAGCGGAGGCGGCGAUCUCAUCGUGAUCUACAACAGUGGCCGAUUCCGCAUGGCCGGCUGUGGCAGUCUAGCCGGACUGAUGCCCUACAGCAACGCCAAUGACGUCGUGGUUGAAAUGGCCGCCGAAGUAAUCCCCAUCGUGAAGAACACGCCCGUCAUCGCGGGCGUGUGCGGCACAGACCCAUUCAGACUGAUGCCGCAAUUCCUCAGCCAGUUGCAGGGCCUGGGCUUCGCGGGUGUGCAGAAUUUCCCGACGGUCGGACUCAUUGAUGGGACUUUUAGGGCGAAUUUGGAGGAGACGGGAAUGGGCUUUGGUAAGGAGGUUGAGAUGAUUCGGUGUGCGGCGGAGUUGGGGCUUCUUACGACGCCGUAUGUUUUUAAUGCUGAGGAUGCGGUUGCGAUGACGAAGGCCGGGGCUGAUGUGCUUGUGGCGCAUAUGGGAUUGACGACUUCUGGGGCUAUUGGUGCUAAGACUGGAAAGUCGCUCGAGGACUGUGUUGGGGAGGUUCAGGCGAUCAGAGAUGCGGCUGUCAAGAUCAAUCCGGAUAUCAUUGUCCUUUGUCACGGUGGUCCGAUUGCUGCGCCGGGGGAUGCGAAGUUCAUGUUCGAGAGAGUACGGGGGCUGCAUGGGUUCUAUGGGGCAAGCUCUAUGGAGAGACUUCCUGUCGAGACGGCGAUUACAGGCAUUACGGAGGAGUUCAAGGAACUGAAGAUUCCUCAGUAG